AGGCGAGGGAGCGCGGGCGGGGGAAGGUGCGGGCCCGGCGGAGGUGGCUAUGGAGGUCGCAGAGAGAGCUCUCGACGCUCAUAAUGCGAGGGCUCUCGAUCGAUCGAUGGACGCAGCGAGCGUAGCGUAAAUACGCAGACGAUUCCAAAACGAGGACGAGAAUCAAGACGCCCCCGAAGUCAGGCUUGUGUUCUCGAUUUCGCCCUCUGCGCGAGACCGGCUCGCGGUUUUCUCGCGAUCCUGCGAUGUAAAUUUAGUGCGCAGGAAUGCGACAGCCACUUCGUUGUUGUUUUGCUUGUUCUUUGCUCUCGGCGUCGCCGUCGUCGUCGCAUUUCGCUCGGGACGAGCGAGAAGAAGAAAAGCACGAGGCCGGUGCCGCUGCUGCGGCUGCCUCUGGAUUGUGCGCUCGUCUCGUCUUACAUGCUUCCGCUUCCCGAGCGUGAUUCGAUGUGAAUGCUGACGACUCUCUCUCUACCUCACUCUGCCUUUCUGCCUUCCCUCCCUCCGAACAUCGGUAUCGAGGAUGAGAGGCGUACAAUUCGGACUGUGUGUAGCAGGUGUGCCUCGGGCUCGGAGUAUCUGGUUCUUCUCCCUCGUUGUUUACUCUGGCAGUGUUGAGACGGAGGCGGGAGGAGCAUGCGAAACGUAGGGUGCUGCCUGGGGUGUUUAUUAGUGCGCUUAAUUUCGUCAUUACCACUCCGAGGACGGGGUUUUCCGCGGCGUGCCAGCUUCCUGUGGAUUGUCUGCAGUCCGUCGUUCCAUUCUACUUUUUUCAGACUGGGUGAUGGACCCAAUGGUUGUCUCGAAAGCUCACUUUGAUACAUCGAGUUCGGUGGGUUUUUAUCGGAAGCCGGUUGUGAGGAUGACUCGCGUCGAACUGUUGCAGCAGGACCUGUUGCGGUUUUUGUGAAGCUUCUUUUACAUGUUCGAUUUCUUCAUGUUGGCGCCAACAGUUUCUCCUCGAGCUGACAUAUUGCACGACUCGUGAGCGCUGCUGAGUCGAAGUUGCAGCCUCUGCGCCAUGUAGCAGGACUUCGUGAGCUGAGCUUGUCUGUCAACGAACUUUUGGCAAAAAUUCGGGCAGAUACCCCGAGAGGAGCAACAGAAGCUGAGGUUGAAUAUUGUAAAGAUGGUACAGAUUAGAUUAUCGAAGGGGAGGGUCCCCAAUGCCGGGACUCCAUUCAAGUUUUGGGGCAGGUUUAGACUUAGGCUUAGAAGAAGGUGCCUAGUCCUGAGGCCGAAAUUUAGGGACUCGCGUACCAAAUUUUUGAAAGACAUUGACAGUGGUGAGGGACAUGGUGGAGAGCAUUUUGACCUCCGUAAAAUGGUGCGAAGGGAGAAGAAGGGACUGCGCCAUUUGGCCCAAAAUUGGGUCCUUGUAGGAACAGGGCGAUGGUGCAAAAUCGCUCGGAGCAGAUUUCUACUGAAAGAUAGUGAAGACGUAAAGACGAAAGACCGUGUAGCUUGUACAGAUUGUGGUAAAGCGGAAGGUAAAGAGGACGCCGCAGAGAAGGCAAAUGCAAGCUUACAGGUUGAGGGCAAGACAGAUAAGCGAUGGAGCUUUAACAGAAAAGUAGGCAGGGUCAACAUUGCGUCUUGGGUGACAGGCAAAGGAAAGAGAAGUUUAACACGUCAACCUCUUAUUCGUCAAGAAUCGGAGGAAGAGGAGGAGACUGGAGAGUCUCGGCAAAAGAAUGAAGGAAGUAGCAAGGUGGAGGGAUGCUUUGGAUGCACUGGUCCGAGGAUGUGGAGGUCCAAAGAGAAGGGCAGAAAAGAGGCGGAGGAGAUCGUCACACCAGCAGAGGACUCGAAGACAGACACGGGAAACGUGAUGGUAAGGGAAGAGGGCCCACCGGCUCUGCCGGAUGACCUUCUAGAGAUGUGCCUGGCUUGGACUCCCUUCGUUUCUCUCAUGAGGGCCAGGGCAGUGUGUAAGAAAUGGAGGUCGCUAUCUCUGUCCCCUCAUUUUCUUCAAAUGAGAGAACGCAUACGCUCUCAAGAGCCCUGGCUCUUCUUGUUCGGGCUCUCUCGAGACGGUGUCUGUCUUGGGCAGAUCCAGGCUUUGGAUCCAGUUUCAAACACAUGGCAUACGAUAAAGGCAGAGACUCUUACUGGCCGACUUCUGUACUCCGUAACUGCGAUAAACAGUGCAAUUUAUGUCAUCGGUGGUUGUUCUACGAAUUCAUCAAGUGGAUCUACCAGAAGCGACAAAAGCUCCGUGAGGACACUCAAAACUGUUCAGGUGUACACCCCUCUGACCGGGUAUUGGAGAAAGGUGUGUCCGAUGACGACUGAACGCGCAUCGCCGGUAGUCGGUGUCUUUAAACAGAGAGAGAAGCGGACAGAUGAAGGCUCGGGACGAGAAAUUGGACAUCGAGUUGGACGUGGGCACUUGAGCAGGGUCUCCGAUCCUUACAUUGAACUACAUUCUUUAGCGAGAAGAAGAGUCUCGGAGAGGGGCUCACGGCGUGGAGGCGAACUGGCAGUGUUUGGAGCAGAGGACAGAGGAGAGAGGAAUGAACUCGGAUUUUCUGGGAACUGGGAGAGCCGAGCUAGGAUUUGCGAUGACACUUUAGACACAAGUUGGAGAAAUUCGAGGGUCCACGGACGGGACAGGGUAGCGAAGGAGCAGAAAAGGUUUGGCCUGAUUGCAGUGGGUGGCAAUGGAAAAUGGACUGAACAACUGGACUCCGCCGAAAUAUAUGAUCCUGUAACUGAUCGAUGGAGGGAAAUUGCUAGUUUACCAGCAGACCAUGGAACGCCAUGUGCCGGGGUUGUCUGCAAGAAUUCCUUCUACGUCUACUCCCAGAGUAACAAACUCGCAGCAUACGAUCUAGAACAUGAGUAUUGGCAUUCUAUCCAAGUUUCUCAUGGUCCUGCUCGAUUGCUGGAUUACACACCCAAGCUUGUCUCUUGUAAGGACCGUGUCUUUCUUCUCGGCGUUGCAUGGGGAGUUGUUGCGGAAGGUGGUCAUGAGAUGGCCACCAGGAAAAUCUGGGAGCUUUAUCAGGAACCAACCUUUAUAGGCUGGGUCAAGGUUUCGCAGCAUCCGGAUGCCCCCCUCGAUUGGAAUGCAAUAUUUGUAGCAGACGAAGAGAAGAUAUUUGGAGUGGAGAUGUUUAAAAUUUUUGGCCAGAUGUUGGACUUCGUCACCGUUUGUAGGGUCUCUGGCUCGAAGCCAAUGGGGUGGGAGCGGGUUUCUCGAAUGCAAAUGGCCAUGCAGGAGAUAGACCCAUCCUCAUGCCUCACGAAAACUGCCGUCGUAGUGCACUUGUAAUGACCCAACAAAUGACCAGCUUGCUUCAACACGACUUCCUCUGGGUCCAAGCACGACCCGUUUACCAUGUUUUCCUCAGGCUAAUCAAUGUUUAUAUCCUGCCUGUGCAUACGUCAAUCCUUCCUCGGCCUCACUUCACUUGUUGCAACUGGAUGACCCUGCAACUGUCUAUAUUUUGAGUUCUUCUAGGACUUCGCCAUCUCCGACAUGCCUAAAUUUCACUCAAUAUGACUACCCUUUACCAUAUGACAACUCGUUGUACAAGGUCAUUUGAGCGCCUUGCAACUUAAGGCGGGGCCCGACGCAGACCUGGAGUCGUCGUUCCCUCUACGUUCCUUCAGGAAUGACAUCCCAGCCUUGUGUUCUACAAGAGAUGUUAGUCACCUUCAUUUUUCAUGAAUGUACUGCCCCUGCCUAUUCUUUGAGGAAAUUCAUCCGACAGUCUUGUUCGAAACACCACGACAUUGUGGUAAAUAUCAAUAAAAAAAAAAGCCUGCAAUUACGUGCA